AGGAGGAGAAGGAGCGAGAGAAGGAAGAGUACUUGGCAACCCUGCCUGAGCGAAACGAGGAUGACAGUUUGCAGACUCGGCUGAUUGCUGCAUUGGCAUACCUUCUUCCACUGUUGGAUGCAGCUGAGCGCUUUGGUUGGCCUUUGGCCGCAGUGAACCCUGGCCUGUUUCAGUUGCUGACCGUGCCAAUGUAUUUGCUGAACGCUGUUCCCUUCGGCUUGGGCUUUCUGCUCGUGUUCUUCGGCAUGCAAGCAAUUGCGGGCAAUCCUGAAACUCCUGCCUUGAUCCGCUUCAACAUGAGGCAAGCCAUUCAGCUGGAUGUCAUGCUGUUUUUCCCCAUCAUCCUGGGAACGUUGGCCAGAUUUGCUUUGAACUACUAUGAGAUCGAUCUCCCGGGUCUAACUAUCUUGGCUUCCAGCGCCGUCUUCCUUGCGGUCCUCGCUUGCUCCCUGUACUCCAUCGUGAACUGUUUGAUGGGCAGCUACGCAAAGGGCAUUCCUUACAUAUCUGAAGUGUCAGAGCUCACGCUGAAUGACACCCGCCCCAAGUCCAAGGAGUCCAAGGAGUCCAAGGACCCAGAGAAAGAUGCUUGAAGUGGGCAUCAUCUUCCAUGCUGGGCCAAGUGUAGCAUGCCAAAAUGCGUGCAAAAUUGUGAUGGAAACCACGGCCAGCUAGACAGGCUGGUGUUGUUCGCUCGUGUGUUUCCAAGCGUUCCAGACCAGGUGAAGAGUUCCGAUUGAAUUCGCUGGGGACAACAGGACCUCCUGAAAUCAGUUCUUCCGCAAUGCAUUGGGACCUUUGAGAGUUUGAGCAACUUGUAAUGAGUCCGCCCCCUUACUCGCUCUGGG